AUGGGUCGUCUUCAGGAGUACCAGGUCAUUGGCCGUCACCUCCCCAGUGAGGCCAACCCGACCCCCAAGCUUUACCGGAUGCGCAUCUUCGCUCCCAACGAUGUCGUCGCGAAGUCCCGCUUCUGGUACUUCCUUGGCAAGCUCCGCAAGAUCAAGAAGGCCAACGGCGAGAUCGUUUCGCUGAACCAGAUCUCCGAGAAGCGCCCCCAGAAGGUCAAGAACUUCGGCAUCUGGAUCCGCUACGACUCCAGGUCUGGCACUCACAACAUGUACAAGGAGUACCGUGAGAUGUCCCGCACCGACGCCGUCGAGGCUCUCUACCAGGAUAUGGCCGCCCGCCACCGCUCCCGCUUCAGGUCCAUCCACAUCCUCAAGGUUGUCGAGAUCGAGAAGACCGAGUCCAUCCGCCGCCCCUACAUCAAGCAGGUCCUCGCCAAGGACCUCAAGUUCCCUCUGCCUCACCGCGUCAACAAGACGACCUCGAAGAAGAUCUUCACCGCGAACAGGCCGUCGACUUUCUUCUAA